AUGAGAAAUGAUACUACUUGCGACAGGCUGGAUGCCGACGAUAUAGUGGGACUCAGACCGAGAGACCUUCGCAUCCAGAUUUACAUCUCUUUGGCGCUUGGUGUGGGCGCUUUCCUAACCUUUUGUUUCCUUCGGCCCCGGUGGAAAGGCCUCUAUGCGGCGCGGAAAAAGCAGAACAACCAAGCGACUGCACUCCCGGAGCUCCCUGACAGCUUUUUCGGAUGGAUACUACCGCUAUGGCGCAUAACGGACGAGCAGGUGCUGGAGUCAGCUGGCUUAGAUGCAUAUGUGUAUCUCGCCUUCUUUAAACUGGCUAUCAAAUUCUUCCUCGUCGCCCUCUUCUUCGCUCUUGCCGUUAUAAAACCGGUCCACGAUACGCACAAGGACAUCAAAAUUCCUGAUGAUGAACACAAGAAACAUGGCAAGCGUGAUGAUCUGUCAAUGUUAGUGGCCAUGGCUACCGAUUACGAUGCGUACACCGACUACUUGUGGAUGUAUCUCGUCUUCGCUUACCUUUUUACUGGUUUCUUGUUGUACCUCAUUGUCUCACAAACAAGGAAGAUCAUCGAAGUGCGGCAGACAUACCUAGGCAGCCAGAAGACCAUUACAGACCGCACGAUUCGCUUGUCAGGGAUACCUCUCGAGCUCAGGUCGGAGGCGAAGAUAAAGGAAUUUAUUGAGGACCUUGAGAUUGGAACUGUUGAAAGCGUUACUCUGUGCAAGAAUUGGAAGGAGUUGGAUGAGCAGGUGGUGCAAAGACAAGCUGUCUUGAGAAAACUCGAGGAAGCCUGGACAGUGUAUCUUGGCAACCGGCGGGUGGAAAGGAGUCUGGAAACCCUACCCGUGGUGCAACCCCGGCCCCCUGCUCCAGAAGUGCGCCGCGAGGAUGACGAAGAUGCAGGCGAUGCCAGCCAGCUCUUGAACGAUACUGAUCGAGACCCCGAUUACACUAUUCCCUACGCGCGUCCACGCCCAAUGGCUAGGAUUUGGUUCGGUCGCUUCAAACUGCAUUUCAAGAGCAUAGAUGCGAUCAACUAUUACGAAGAAAAGCUGAGGAGGCUCGAUGACACCAUCAAAACCUUACGAGAGAAGGACUUUGAGCCGACUCCACUGGCUUUCGUAACUAUGGAUAGCGUUCCGUCUGCACAGAUGGCCAUACAAGCAGUCUUAGACCCUUCGCCCCUUCAACUACUAGCCAACAGCAGCCCUGCUCCUCCCGAUGUGGUCUGGACCAACACCUACUUAUCCCGUGGGAAAAGGAUGCUGCGAGCUUGGUCCAUUACAGUCUUGAUCGGCCUACUUACUGUUUUCUGGACGGCAUUAUUGGUCCCGAUUGCAGGAGCUUUGAACACAUGCGCUAUCAAAGAGGUAUUUCCCGGUUUGGCCGAAGCUCUCAAUUAUCAUCCAGUGUUGCAGUCUUUAGUCAACACACAGCUGCCUACAUUGGCAGUAACACUUCUCAAUGUUCUUGUCCCAUUUCUCUAUGACUGGUUGGCGAACCAACAAGGGAUGAUAUCACAAGGGGACGUAGAGCUAAGUGUCAUAUCGAAGAAUUUUUUCUUCACGUUCUUCAACUUCUUCUUUGUCUUCACCAUCCUCGGAACAGGAUCAGGAUUUAUAGCUCUACUGGAACGGCUCGGGGAGAAGCUCCAUGAUGCAUCUAUUAUAGCCAACACUUUGGCAAAGUCGUUGGCUAAGCUUCUAGGAUUCUAUACCAACUUCAUCAUCCUUCAAGGCUUUGGUCUGUUUCCACUACGUCUCAUGGAGUUUGGUGCACUCUCCCUAUAUCCUAUCAAUCUCAUCGGAGCCAAAACACCUCGAGACUAUGCAGAGCUCGUCCAGCCUCCAGUUUUCAGCUACGGUUUCUUUCUACCACAAACCAUUCUCAUCUUCAUUAUUUGUCUUGUUUACAGCGUCCUCCGAGACUCCUGGCAAGUAUUACUGAGUGGUCUGGCCUAUUUCAUGAUAGGUCAUUUCGUCCAUAAAUACCAGCUAUUGUAUGCGAUGGAGCAUCGCCAACACUCGACCGGGAAGGGAUGGAUGAUGAUGUGCGAUCGCGUCAUCGUUGGAUUGGUUCUCUUUCAGAUCACUCUCGCCGGCCAACUUGCAUUGAAGACUGCUUUCAAGCGCGCUCUGCUCAUUGCUCCGCUAGCGGUUGGCACUCUAUGGUUUGCGUAUGUGUAUAGCAAGACAUAUCGCCCGUUGAUGAAGUUCAUCGCCUUACGAAGUUUGAAGCGCGCCAAGCAUUCAGACCUUGGAAGAGGUGUGCAAGAGGAGGCGACUUCACAAGAACACCAAACUGUGGACGAAGCUCGCGAGAGCGAGAUGCGGUUCGCACAUCCGAGCUUGAUCAUGGAUCUUGAUGAUGUAUGGAUUGUCAACAAGGGUGCUAGAUCGCAAAACGGCUCUACUUCUUAUAGCGAUUAA